AUGGCUGAUGAAUAUGGCAGUUCAUCCUCUUCAGAAGAUAGCUUCAACGAAGAGGCUUGGAUUGCGAACCAGCGAUCCUUGCUGAGACAUCGAUGCCUUCAACAUCUGGAGAGAGAGCAGUGCCUGCACGCCCCACCUAUAAUGCGGGUGCAUCCGCUGCAGUUGGAAGAGUUACCUCCUGCGGAGCCGAUCAUCAUUGAUGAUUGGGAGGUACCUGUACUCAACCAGGAGCAGCCUGCGAUCCAGAUUCCCCAGGAAGUGGCAGAUGUUGAUGUAGCUGCCGAUUUCCAAAACUUUUUGGACAACUUCUUCAAUGAUCAACCGCAGCCUGCUGCUCAACCAUCCCCUCCGCCAUCACCACCUCCACCAUCACCAAUCCCCCAGGAAGUGGUGGAUGUCGAGGUAGUCCAAGACUUUUUGGACAACUUCUUCAAUGAACAACCGCAGCCUGCUGCUCAACCAUCCCCUCCACCAUCACCUGAACCGUCGCCUCAGCCAUCACCACCUCCACCAUCACCACCUGCUAAUCAGCAGCCGCCUCCACCAUCUCCACAUGCUGCUGAUGCUGCUGAUGAUGAUGGUGAAUUUGAGAUGUAUAAUGCCAUGGCUGCUGGACCUCCCAUAGAGGGUCCACCUCAGGGCAGGGGUGCUGGUCGAGGUCGACCAGCAAUUGCCCUUCGUGCAGCACGGCGCCAACAACUGGUCGCAAGCGUUGAGGAUGACCUCUACCAUGCGCUGCCGCGGAACGUCAUGGGGGACAACAAGGAUCGCGACAAAAGGAUAUUCAUGCAGUUUGGUUUGAAUAGAGUCGAACCCAAUGCCUUGAUUGAUAGAAAGGCAGAGAUGUCAUAUAUUCCAAGGCAAGAAUCCUGGGGCAACAUUGUGAUGGAUCACAGGGAUGAGAUGACUGAGUAUGAACGGCAGGCCAUGAUUCAUGCCCCAGCAACCAAUACAAGUGGUAGCUCCGAGAGUGAUGUGGAAAAGUUAGUACCACCCCCCAUUGAUAUGGUUGUAGAAGAGCCAACACAGUCUUUGACCAUCACGGAAGUAGUCUCACAGUCCCAGGAUCCCAGACCAGGACUCUCAAGGAAUAAGGAUCCAGUGUUGUGUCACCGAGUCUCAACACCUGGUAAGCGUAAAUGGGCUGGCAAGCCACGCAUGAAAGUCCAAUUUCCAGAUGGACGAUGUAAAUAUGUACCUGGUGUAUCAUAG